GCCCCCCCCUUUCACACAGCAGGAGCUCGUCCAGCGAGAACCCCCCUCCCGCAGGAUCACCCGCCCGACACCUCCGGCCGUCGUGCCAGAAUACCCCCUCCUCCCCGCCCACGUUCUGAACCGGGGGAUCCCCGAGAUACCCCUCCAGGGCGUGCCAGUCUACUCCCAGCUUUUCGGGGGGGUCUCCGGCGUCCCCAGCAAGGUGCCCCCCUACCCGAAAGUCCCCCUCGAUCCGAUGGUGUACCCGUUUGGCGCAGUCCGUGCCGUCCCAGCGCCGCCGUACGGUGCCCUUCCUCCAGACUGGGCGUCUCCGUUUUCGCCCCACGUGUUUGCCGCUGGCUUUGACCAGAAACCUCGCGUUAUGGGGGGUGCAAACCAUGGCAUAGUCAACCCCUUGGGGAAGGCUAUGCAGCCCUCGUGGGCUGACGCCACGUCGAGGUGGCAAUUGCCCCAUGAACGGAACCGGGGGGUGCCGGAAGAGGCGGCAGAGGAUGCACGGUCGCAGUCUCUGUCGUGGCCGAACUCCACGCCGAUCGCGCCAGGGACGUCUCUGCAGGGCGUUCACUCACGCCCCAACUCUGCUCCAGUCCACUUCUCCCGGGGGCGUAAGGACCCCCCCGCCGCUCGAGGCUACUACGAGACGCACCCCGAAGUCUUCACUUUGGGUCGGGACCACCCCCCGAACACCUUCCCCCACCGGACUACCAAACCGCAGGGCGAACGUCCCGCCCAAAUACGCACCGACAGAGACAUUUCCUCCCUCAUGCCGUCACUGGAUUUGAACCAGCCGCCCCCUCUUUUUGAGGGAGGCAAGCUCGUCUCACCGUCGGGGAACUAUCUCGACACGGACCCUCACCCCCCUGUUUCAAGAACGAGGGGCCAGCCGGGUUUUGUGGCCUCUCCGUUCCCGCACAUUGCAUAUCCGGAAACGCCGUACCCCGUCGAGCUCCCUGUUACGGAGCCAUCGAACCUGUCUCCCCCCCCCUACGGCAAAGCGCGCGUUCCACCAGCCUUCCCAAUGGCGCAUUAUCCGCACAUCCCGUACCCCCUCACGGUUUCCCCCCCCAGGAUCGCCCCCGACUCUUCGCUCUACUCCAACGUGCACGACCCCCCCCUAAUGGAUCCAAGUUCGUUCGUGCUUCCUGUUGCGUACGAUUACGCCGCCCUCGAAAGGCCCGAGGGUUUCGUUCCCCCUCCCCCCCUCCAGAAGCUCGGCUACCCCCGACCGCCACAUCUCGUGGCUCCCGUCGCUUAUGACCCGGGGCAGAUAGCUUAUGACCCGGCCCGCCUCCCCGUCCCCCUCCAUCUGCAGGGCGCAUACCCUAUCCCCGAUCCUAGGUCCCUCAACCCCUCCGAUCCGCGCGCCCUCGGCUUCUUUCCCGUCAGCUGGGCGGCAGAUGCCAGGGUCCAGGGGGUCAAAAAUUCUGUUCUCCAGGUGCCCCCCGAUACGAAAGAGCUUGCGUGGGGGGAUCCCCGCGGAGCUGCAGCCGAGUUUGCUCGAAGGGGGAGGCCCGUGCGGCAGUAUGUGACAGCGGAUAAGGCUACAGUGCCAGCGCGAGACAAACUCCGCGCUAUGCAGAUGUAUCAACCUCCGUUCUUCUAUCCCUCACCAAUAGAAGAAGAAGGAUUGUGCUGGCAGGCUCCCCUGGGAGUCCCGCCACCGGUCCCCCCCCCGCCGGCGGCCUUCGCCAACUACCCCACGUGGGACCUCCGGGCGUCUCCCAUGCUGCCUUUCGGGCGCAAUUUGGGCCUCGCAUGUGACUCGAGCGUCGCCAGCAACGUCGUCCGCCGGACCGACAGCGAGAACGACCUGACGGUGCUCCCCGGCCGGGGAGACGAAGCCCGGGUGCCCACCAGAAACGAGUCGGUCGAGGAGAUAGCGUAUGCCCGCCGGCGGGAGUUGGGCAGCCCGGUCGGCGACGCGGUCCUCGGGAAGGCCCCCGUGAGAAGCUCUAGAGGUGCCGCCCACUUGACACGGCUGGGCGAGGACCCUAGAGGGGGCAUGUUUGUGACGGAGGAGCGGUUCCCGAGGCAGUUCAUGCAGGAGCAGUAUCUGCGGGGGGUGGAGGAAGGCGCGAAAGCCGCCCAGUGGCAGCGCCAGUGUGGCUCGCCGCAGUCGACGGACGUUCCGGCGGAGCCGUAUGCGGAGGAUGUCGUGAACCGGGCGGUGCCGAGCGUGUCCGGGACUGGUGUGAACAAGGCCGCGCGGGGGCAUCCAGAAGUGAGGAAGAAACGGAGCUCGGACGAGGCGACGUCGAAGAACUCGGGGGAACCGGAAACGGAGCAGCCACCGAAGAAACGGAGCCCCAACGCAAGGAUGCAUGCGGUGGGAGGGCCAAGAGGACUACUUUGACUUUGAUACAGAAUGUAGCAUCAUAGACGAUCGAGGGCCAGACGGUCGAGUUUGAUUGAGCGCCGGGAAGCGGUCCUGAUUAAUAUUGUAGUUGGAUAUCCCGUGUCCCAUUCCUGUGGAUAGUGUUUGGACUUUAGAAGAGCAUCAAGCAGCAGUUGCAAAGACUGAGGCUCUCUGACACCGGAACAAUGUCAAAAGCAUAUCAGAUUCCUGGUGCUAGUGCAACCUGGAUCAUCAAAUAAGCGUGGAUAGACGGCAAAACUUAGGUGGUAUGAAGAGAACGGUCAUUGUAUGCAUUAUAAACCAAGGUACAGUCAACAACGGACCAGGCUCAGGUGUACCUAAUUGUAAAGCAUACCAACUCACUUAGGGAGACUUCAACUUGGUACGGAUCUGUACAGUAUUUCAUGGGAGAAGCACGGCGCUCUACAAGGACGGACAAGAAACAAAAGUAUCCGACCGAUUUUUCCACAUGAUUAGUCAAGCAUGCAUAUUUAGAUCCUUCAGGUCGCGGUUGUGAAUCAGCUUCAUAUCCACAACUUGCCAGCCUUGAGAACUUGUGUAGGUAUAGAUUGAUCCGGACCGUACGAGCAUGCAACUUAUUCUUUUCGAACUUGAUUCCCUAGGCCCCAUCCCGGAGUCCGUUCGAUAGUGGCUGAUGAUACUGCGAGUUAAUCACACCGUCACAAACAGUCUGUGUACAUCACUUGGUGUUAAGCUAGCAACGAGAAAAACAAUUAACCUGAGGCGAGCUUGUACGAGUCAUACCGUCUGGUGGUAGAGUGUUGCAAUGAAGGGC